AUGGUUUUACUAAUAUUAACAAAAUUUUAUAAUGAUUAUUCUGAAUACACAAACAAUAUUGCUGCAGCAAUUAAUACAGAAGAAUGUGCAGAAUGUCAAAAAUACGUUGUUUCGAAGGUGAAAGACUUUGCAAACAGAUUAAAUGGCUGUCUUGUAAAUAGAAUGGAAAAUACCGGAAACAGAUGUUUGCUAGAAUUAGCAUACAGCCUAUCACUAUAUGGCAGGUAUGAUUAUCAAAUUAGAUUUAAAUAUUUAAGGGGAGAUGGUGCAAAAGAUGAUGUUGAGAUACCAUACAUACCAAAGGUUUCUUUCCCUUUUGACAAAGCAAUUAAUUUAAUUAACUCCCUUCCAAAUAUCUUGGCAUUUGAAAGAGCAACAAUCGAACCUCUUCAAGAACAAGAUGAGGAUUACUCAGACGAUGAUGAACCAAUCAGUGAUGAAGACGAGGAUUAUAUGCCACCCAGCAUUGAUGAAGACGAUCCAUUUGACUUGGUGGAUAAUUUCGACUUUUCUUCCGAUCAAACUUCUGAUUACGAUGACGAUCAAGGACAGAAUCCUGACAAUGAGUACUCUCUUCCUCCGCAUAUUCGUCAAGAAUAUACACAAGAUCAAAGAGAACGGAUGAAAGAAAGGAUUGAUCAACUCCUCCAUUUGAUUAAUCGCGAAAAUAUACCAGAACAAAUCGAUAUUUCAGAGAUUAAUGAGAGAAAAUCAUUUGAACCUACAGAGGAACAACCAUCAUCUCCAGAUGAGGAGCAGGAGAAUCCACAAAAUGCAGAAAAUUUUCAAAAUAAUCAUGACGUUGAUUCUUACUUUGUUGAUGUUGCCGAUGAUGAUCCAAAUGAUACGGAUUUUACAGAGGAAGCCAGAUCAUCUUCUUUACAUCAAGUUGUUUCUACAAAUCUUACCCAGGAUUUAUUGCAAACUUUUCCGACAAACAGACAAGGUGAAUGUACAAGUUAUGAAGAUGCUGCCGGCCUUCCUCAGCCUGAAAAACUGGCAGUUUUUCAUGCACUUUACCAAUACUAA